CGCAAAACAGUACUCAGCGAAUACUUCAAAUGAACACGUCGAUGUCGUUACAAGAUCCCUAAAUUGUAAUGCCAAGACAGCGCGCCGAGAGGGCGCAUCGAGCAGCGCUAGUAACGUUUGCUCAAGAACAGGUUGCCCUUGCUUACAGCGAUCCACAGUAUGCUUUAGCUUCUAUAGCCAACGAGGUCGACGUCUGCGGUGCGGGGCUGGAGCGGAGGGAGGCCUUCGUCCUCGUUAAUUGCGCUAAUUUGUCAGAGGAGGACGCGGAGGCUUUCUGCACAUCUUCUGUGCGCCCGUGCUGCCACUGUCCUCACCUGCUGGAUGGCCCUAGUGACCGGGAGCCCACGUUGCUGGAUGCAUCGUUGGGAGCGGAAGGUGCCGUGAGGGUAGUUGCCCUUCCUGAGGAGGACGUCGCGGAGCGGCGUAAGCUGGUGACUCGAACAUGGUGCAGCAGUGCUCGCCGUGCAGCUGGUGUGCAACCAUUGCCCAGCGGCGUGGAGCAUUACUUGUGCGAAGAGCACCUCAAACUCCAUUUUGCCCAGUCCCUUUACCUGCGUCUGUCGCUCAAGGUCCGAGACUGGCUGCUACGCGGCUGCUGCCUGGAGUGUGCCUACGCAUGCGCGCGAGAGCUGCCCCCGGGCCCCGGCAGCGAGCCCGCGCCGCGCCUGAGCAUCCACCAGGCUGCUGAGCUGCGCUCUAGCCUGGCCGGGACCAUGCAGACGCUGCUCUACCCGCCCGGCGUUAGCAAGGAGGAGCUGGAUGCCGCGGUGUUCGGCAACGAGUUUCCUGCCACGGCGGACUGCCUGGAGGACCGGGGGGAGGACGGCACGAGGGAUGGCCGAGUGGCUCUGCCACUGAGGGGCCGCAACUGGUGCAUUGAUUGCGGCUGCAACCCUGCGGUCUACGUCUUCAAGCAGCGGAACAAUCUGACGUCAGACAGGUUGCUAUGCACGGCUUGCGGAGUCGCGCGCAGAAUCGUGGCGAGUCGGAGCUCGGCUGCUGCGGGCACGUCGUCCGCCGCCACCGCUGGCGGCAGCGAUCCUGGUGGUGGCAGCGGCAGCGGCGGGCUGGGUGCGUCUGACCUGGUCCUGCUUUGCUGCCUGCGAGAGGAGAUGCUGCUCAGGCUGCAACUAGCCUACCCCAAGCAGAGCUGCGGCGGCAGCGGCAGUGGCAGUGCAGCUAGCGGCCAGGGCGCAGGUGCCGGGGCUGGCCCAAGCGGCGCUGCAGGUGCGGCUGCUGUUGCGCCCGCAGCAGCAGCAGCAGCAGUAGCGCCCAUGCAGCGACCCGGCGGGUCUGGAACCCGUGCCUGUAACGGCAGGAGCAGCAACUCCAACCGUGGGAGGAACACCAACGGCAGCAGCAACAUCUGCCUGGUCAACGGUGAUCGCAUUGUGCUCCCAGGCACACACGCCGCCGUCGCGGUGCCGGGUCUGCCGCCCCUGCCGCGUCGGCAACAGCCAGCAGCCAGGGAGUGGUACGACAACAAUCCGCCAACGGAUUCUGUGCCCUACUUUGAGGGCGCGUUACAGCGCUGCGCGCCGCACCUGGGAUCCGCCGGCGCCUCAGUCGCCCUUACGGAAGAGGAUUACAUCUACCUGGUCCACAAAGAGAGGCUGCUGAGGCUUGCGGACCAAAAGCGCGACCAGCUGUUCGAGUUGGCUCGCGAUCAUAACGCCCGUGGCGGCCCCGUGGUAUUCGUUGGACCCAUGGGUCAGGUGUACGAUCCCGGGGACAUUCUCAGCGACAUGAGGGCUGCGGUGCGGACUUGCGAGGAGGCGUUUCGGGGCGCGCAGGCCCGUGCGGCAGCAGCAGAGGCGGACGCCGGAGCACAGGAGAGGCUGAGCGAAGGCGGGGGAGGCAGCAGCGGCCAGGGCACAGGGACAGGCGGCGGCGGCGAAACGAUGGCGGCUGCGGAGCUGCCGCUGCAGGGGCCGUUCCCAUGGACCAUGGGCGGGUAUGAGUGGGCCAAUGCGACGGAGGGGCCGGCAGAGGCGGCGCAGGUGAGGGAGCCUGGGAGGGGCGCCGCUGCUGCCGCAGGUCCUGACGUACAAGGGCCAACGCGGCCUGCGGCUAACGCGCCCAACGGAUUACCUGCUCAAGCAGCGGCUGCAGCGGCCAUGAGGGCGCCGCCGUCGUCAACGGAUGUGCCGGGCAAUGGCGGGGGCGUUGGCACCAGCAACGGCGGCACCGACCGGGAUCACGUGUACGGCCCCGUGCAGCUGUGUUGCCUGGAUAUGGCGCACCGGUAUGAGUUCGACCUGGGGGCGACGCCUGUUUCCGUGGCCUUUGAACCCUUCACCGGGCGUGGGUUCCCCGAGGAGGAAAUCAACCACAGCCACCCAGUCACGCCGCCUCAGUUGCUGCGGUACAUGCGCGCCAUGUUGGAUAAAUACGCAGUCCAGGAUGACCCACGGGUCGUAGAGCUGAGGGCGCAAUGUGCGGCGCUCCGGGCACCGAAGAGGAAUCCGCAGCUAGCACAGGCUGUCGCUGCUGCCGCCGCAGCGGCGGUGGCCGCGGCGCCGCCGCGCUCGUCUUCGGAACAGCUGCUUGACAAAGCAGAGGCACUUGCUCGGUCCUCAGCCAGGCGACGGUGGCGUGGAGGUGUGGUCGCGGCUGCGCCGGUGAUGUCUCAGCUGGGGAAGGGCGCAACCACGAGGCCCCACACCCCCGGCCAGGCCUUGCUGGCAUCUGCGGCAGCAGCGGCAGCGGCCACGGGUGUUCCUGGGGCGGGUGUAAAGCGCUCUGCUGCGGCGGCGGCGCUGCCCCAGCCAGGCGCCAGCUCCAAAGCCGCCGCCACCGCCACCGCCAAGCGCGGCCCGGGCGCGUCCAACGCCGCCGCCGCUCCUCGCAGGCAUGGGCAUCGCCGCAGACGCUAUUCGGACUCUGACGAUAAUGACGAUGAUGAGCAGCAGCAGGAGGAGGAGGAGGACAGUGCUGACGACGAUGUCAGCAGCAGCGUCACUAAGGACGACACGCGAGCGGACGAGCCGGAGGAGGACGCUGCCACACGCAAAGCGAGGAAAGAAGUCCACGGCAAGGGCAGGAGCAACGCAAAGGACGAAGAAGCGGGCGAGGACGAUGAGGGCGGCGGCGACGCGGCCAGCGAUGCCCGGUUGCCCGUGGGCCUCAAGGUCCCUGUUUACCCCCUUGCCGCGGACGACACCACCUUCCUCGCCAGCAGUGACCUGAUGCGGCUGGCGCAUCGGCUGCUGGUGCUGCAUGGGCCGCCCUGGCUGCGGGAUGUGCUGCAGGAGCGGCACAGCGACGCGCUGGACUUUGGCACCUGCAGGCCCGCGGAUGGCGGCACCGGCGUCUUCGCGCACUUUGCCAACAUGCUGGAGCGGCCGCUGCUGGCAACCGAGCUCGCAACCAUUUCCCAUGUAGACCGCUCGCAGCCCGCCACACUCAUGUGCUUCACCGCGCCAUUUGCCGUACCUGCGGACCUGGGGGCGGCCCUGGAGCGGCUCAAGCGCAGCUUGGGCCAUGGAGACGCGCACCGCCAUGCGCACUGGCUGCAAGCACGCAAUCUGGAGGACCAGUGGCGGCUGCAGCACCCGGCAGCUGCGGCUAGGAUGGAGGAGAGGCAGCAGCGGC